AUGUGGGACUACAGCUCCCAGCAUCCCCCCUGGAGAGGGGCGGGCGGAGCAGGCUCUUCCGCCCUCGGCAAAGACGGCCUCCGCGCAGGGCACGCCGGGAGUCGUAGUCGCCCCCCCGCCGCCGCCCCGCGUCUCCGCCGCCCGCCGCCCGCCAUGCCUCCGCUCCUGCCGCUGCUGCUGGCGGCCGCCGCCUGCUGGUCCGCGCCGGGCGCCGCCGCGCUGGAGCCCAUCAGCACCACCAUCGCCAUCGGGGCGGCCUCGGCGCUCACCGGCUACCUCUCGUCGCCCCGCUUCUACUGCAGCUUCGUGGAGUGCUGCCCCGGCGAAGACGAGCGGCCCAACGCCACCGCGCUCCGGAUGGAGCUGAACGCUAGGCUCUUCGGGCAGCACCUGGCGCAAGAAGUGGCCUUGAAAGCCGUGACGGGCUUCGUCCACAACCCCAGCCCCAAGAAGCCCCUCACCCUCUCGCUGCAUGGCUGGGCCGGCACCGGCAAGAACUUCGUCAGCCAGAUCGUGGCCGAAAACAUCCACAAGAAAGGCCUCAAGAGUAAAUUUGUCCACCUGUUCCUCUCCACGCUGCACUUUCCGCACAAUCACCAGAUCAAACUGUACAAGGACCAGUUGCAGAGGUGGAUCCGGGGUAACGUGAGCGCUUGCGCCAGGUCCGUCUUCAUCUUCGACGAAAUGGACAAGCUGCACCCGGGGCUGAUUGACGCCAUAAAGCCCUUUCUCGACUACUACGAGCAGAUUGACGGAGUCUCCUACCGACGCGCGAUCUUCAUCUUCCUCAGUAACGCUGGGGGCGACCUCAUCACCCGGGUGGCUUUGGACUUCUGGAGGAGAGGGAAGCAGAGGAGAGACAUCCGGCUGAAAGACCUGGAGCCGGUCUUGUCCGUGGGCGUGUUCAACAACAAGAACAGCGGCCUCUGGCACAGCAGCCUGAUUGACCGAAACCUCAUCGACUACUUUGUGCCUUUCCUCCCGCUGGAAUACAGCCACGUGAAAAUGUGCGUCCGGGCGGAGAUGCGCUCCCGCGGCCGCGCCGUCAACGAGGCGGUGGUCAAGAGCGUGGCCGACGAGAUGACGUUCUUCCCGAAAGACGAGCGGAUCUACUCGGACAAAGGCUGCAAAACGGUGCAGACCAAGUUAGACUUCUACUGAGGGUCGCCGUUUCUUCUAACGACGCCGAACCAGGAAGCGGACGAGGAGGAAUUACCACGAAACCGCGGCCUUCUUCAAAGCACUUUGAAAAGCCUUUUUUAAAAAACGCAUAAUCUACGAAUUUGCACUUUUUAACUGUUUUGGAGUUCUCGGAGCUGCCCGGGUUUUCUGGUCUCCCUUUCCCCCCUCCCCAAAUCGUUUCCUCUUCGAGCGCGUGCCGUCAUCCCAAAAUUGCCGUUCUGGUUUUUCUGUCGAGAUCUCUACAAGGGGUCCUGGCCAAACAUAAUUUGACCCAUAAUCCAAUUUACUGCGGUGACAUUCCAGGUAAGCUUCUCAGCGACACUGUUUGGACGGAGACGAAAGCGGCCUCAUUCUAUGACUUAUUCCCGCCCGGCCCGAUAUCAGUUUGGGAAUUUCAGGGGUCAGGGAGGAGUAGAGUGCUUUGUUCUCGGUCAUCGGCGGGAGCGGCAAGCGUUAGAGGUUGCGCGAGGGCGUUUUGGAGACGGCCAGUUCUCUUUCAGGAUCAGCUUCCGGGGAAGUUGUAGCAUAGCUGGCUUCUCGUCUGUAGCGGAAGAGCCGGGUCCAUGAACCUUCUGUCAUGGGGACACUGGAGGCAUCAGGCUGAGCUCAGGGCCGUGGCUAGUGGAUCACACCACUGUGCCCCUAUCCUUCCCUCCUCGGAACAAACCGCCAUCCCACGUCCAACACAUCUGGUGGCCAGUGGCUUGCAGAAAACGGCUGGCGUGCUUCCAGGGCUUUUGACCGUUGCAACCCAAUUAGGUCCACAGCGCCAGCAUAGCCUGAAAGAGGAUUCCGCGUUUUGCGGGGAUCACUGUUACAGCUCAGCCGUCUUCUUUGCGCAAAUCGGGGUCGGGCCCCGUCCAGCCCGCGGGGGUGAGCCACACGGUUUUAUGUGUGGCCCACACUGCACCCCGGAAACGUUUCUCCCUAAAAGGAUGCCCCCUCCUGACUCAGGUGCCCACCCGGGUACGAUGUCGCUUGUUACCUUUUUACGGAGGUGACUUUAAGGAACAUUUUUUUAAAAAGUAUCUUUUUAUACCUUGAUCCCGAGAAUGGUGGUAAAAAUAUGAUAAAGCUAGAGAACAGAGAGAAGGCGGGGUCCAGUACAAAUAGCUCCUUUCCACUCUUUCUCUCUCUAUAUAUUGUAAGGCUUAAUAAGCAGCGUUGAUUUCAGGGAAUGAGAACUUGGGAUCUGAGAAUGAUUUGCUUUUCUGUUGGCGUGUUCAGCAACUCUUCUUUGUAAGCCCAAAUCGAACCAGAUCCUGUGAUUUGCGUGCGGUGGGGGAGUGGGUCAUUGCAGCCGAAGGGCUUCGGGGAAGAUGUCAGAGCCCGGUCAAACGUGGGCGUUGCAGCAGCACACCUCUCUAGGACGGGUUUGGUCCCGGGCUGGCUGGCAGCCAGGCAGCAAAGGGCGCUGAGCUUUGGGCCAAAACCUUUCGCUUUCGGCCUUCGCAUCAUCGCAAGGGGCCAGAGGUCUGAGGGGGGCGUUCUUCCUGGAGUCCCUGUUUCCCCACAAUCUUCACGUGCAGCGGAUGUUUUGCCAGAUAAGUGCCUUCCUGUGAUCGAACCUCUGGCGUGCUCAUGUUUCUCUCCCUCUGUUCCUUGUCGUAGGUCUGCGGCUUCUUGUCCUAAGCACCCCACAGCCCGGCGGUGAAAACGGAUCAUGGUGGGGGGGGGGGGGGUCCGUUGGUAUUUCCGUCACUGGAAAAUAAAACCAUAGGCAAAGGACACCAAUGAAGAAUGGUUCUCACAAGGUUUUGGGGUGGGGGAUUUGACGCUGGUGUGUUUCCCUUAAGCUAGAGCAGGGAUGGGCAACUUGUGGCCCUCCAGAUGUUUUGGCCUACAGCUCCCAUGAUCCCUUGCCAUUGGCUAUGCCAGCUGGGGCUCAUGGGAGUGGUAGGCCACAACAUCUGGAGGGCUGGAAUUGGCCCGCCCCAACUUAGAGCAGGACGGCAUUCCAAAUGCUGUUCGACUCCAUCAGCCCUAACCAGCGUGGCUAAUGGUCAUGCAUGAUGGGAGUUGUAGUCCAGUAACAUCUGGACGACCACAGAUCUUGAGAAAUAGAGUAUGGUUGCAGUGUGGCGGAGAAACGAAAGCUGUGUUGGCGGUCAUGAAUUUGAAACUUAAUUCAAAAAAUGCAGGAUGUUAACCCUUUCUUUUCUUUUUUUUACUGCUGUGAAUUUUAGAGUCUGAACAGAACAACAGUGGGUCAUUUGUAGCUGCUGUGAAAAACCAUUAUGUUGGUUUUUAUCCAUAAAACAGACCUGGUUUCUCUUUUGUUAUGCAGUCCAAAGUUGUAUGCUUAUCCUUUCUGUUUUUUGGAAUGUCGGAGUCCUUUCGUGGACUAAAUAUCACUGUUACAAACAGCAGCAUUAAAG